AUGGUAUGUGUUCAUGAAAAUAUCGAUAAUGUUGACUUUAUUAUUGACGAAAACAAUGUUAGAUAUAUGAAUGAUAAUAAAAGGAUUUAUGAACAUUUAGUUAAUGUGAAUGAUAGACGUAUAACCGAUUUAUUAGAUCAAAAGAAAUCAAAAUAUAAGAAUCAAAAUUUAAUAAAUUUGAUCGAUUUGAAAUUUACUAAUAAUGCAGCAAGUAUAAAUUUUGAUAGCAAUGAUGAUAUGAACUGUUGUGAUGUUGUAUUGCAAUACAACGAAGUGAUUGAUAUUGAUAAAGAUAAUAAUGAUAGAAAAAACUAUACAGUAACAGUUAAUGACCCACAUAAUAAUGGAACAAUUUUAUUCAUAUUAAAUGUCGACGAAAUAAAAAAGCAAAAUGUGAUUAUCGAUGAUCUCUUGAAAAUAGCAAGCAAUAAAUAUCUUGAAUUGGAAAUGUUAUUAAAUAAAGAUGUUAAUUCAUCUCAAGAUCAAGAUAGCAUUGAUAAAAAUUUAGAGUCCCAACAAGAUGCAAAUAACACAAGAAAGAAAAGUAGGAAAAAAAAAAGAAAAUUAAAUAAUUCUAUAUCCAAUAAUCCAUUAAAAAUUGUAUCAAAUUUUUAUAAAGAUUUUUUAUUACAAAAUUCAAAAUUAAAAUAUUCAAAAGAUUUUAAAUACUGGGAAAUUUCAUUUAGUUUACUAUUAAUAUCCUCUAAAUCACAAUUUAAUAAAUUUUCUAACGAAACUGUAAGAAUAUUAGAUCGAUUAUAUUCCAACCAUUUGAAAGAAAAGGAUAUUAAUAAUAGAGUAGUUGAUUUAAACUCUAAUUUUAUACAAAAAUUGUUCAAUCACAGGACAACCAGUUAUACAAAACAACGUCUAAAAGAUUUAAAAUUAGAAUUCUACUCAAAGAUUGAAGGAUUAAAUGAUAUAACUUUAUUACCUUUUCAAAUGGAAACAAUUCAAUGGAUGCUGGAAAAAGAGAAAAAGAUGUUUGAAAGUACUUUUGAUUCAAACAUAGGCAUUUUUCGUCUAAAUGAAUUUUUAAAUUUUAAUGUCUCUUAUGGUUAUGAAAUCAUGAAAUUAAAAAUAUCAGACGAGAGCUCAACUUCAUUAGACAGAAAAAAUUUAUUAUUCUGGAAUAAAUUUACAAACUAUAUAUUACCUUAUCAAGAAGCUAUGGAAAUAUAUGAAAAUGCACAUAAAGUUCCAGAAAAUUAUGGAGCUAGAGGUUUAAUCUCAGAAGAAAUGGGACUAGGAAAAACUAUAGAAGUUCUUUCAGUGUUGUUAUUGAAUAAGAGAGAUUUGCCCACUCCCAUUGCUGAUAACCGUACCUCUUUAUAUUUCACUUCCAAUGACUUUAAAAGAAUACGAAAAGCAAAAACAACAUUAAUUUGUUGUCCAAAUGCUAUUUUACAACAAUGGAUAAAUGAAAUUAAUUCACAUAUUUCUGACGUAACCGUGUUUUACUAUAAAGGCUACCAUCAUAUGAAAGAGGUCUUUAAUAUUGACGAUAUCGAUGAAAUUGUUGAAAAUCUAUCUAAAUAUGAUAUUAUAAUAACGACUUAUAAUACUGUAAGCGUUGAAGUUCAUUAUGCUGAAUAUAAUUCGAAUUUAAGAAAGAGGAGAAAUGCAGAAGUUCCAAAAUAUAAUUAUUCUUCGCCUAUCUCGUUAAUCCAAUUUCACAGAAUUAUUUUGGAUGAAGUUCAGAUGCUGCGUAGUGAUAGCACUAAUGUAGCAAAGUGUACAAGUUUAUUGCACAGAGUUCAUACGUGGGGUGUAUCAGGUACUCCAAUUCAUAUUAUUCCAGAUAUACACACAGUACUUUCUUAUCUUCAAAUUCAUCCAUUUAAGGAUAUUCCAAAAAUUGUCUCUUCAAUAAACUUAUCUGUAUUAGAUGUCACAAAACGACAGAAUAUGACAGAAAUAUCAAGAGAAAAUGAAUUGUUAAAGUCAUCUAUAGAUGGUGUUUCAUUUAAUAUUAAUAAUUUAUUAGAUAUUUUCCAAAUUUUUGAUUUAUGUAUAAGACAUACGAAACACGAUGUCAAAUCACAGAUCAAUAUUCCGGAGCAAUAUAAUUAUAUUAUACCUCUGGAAUUUUCUCCUGUAGAGUGGGAUAAUUAUUUGGAUGUUUGGAAUACUUUCAUAAGAAUGUCUGGAUAUAAUUCAGAUGGAUCGGGCAGGACAAGAUUGUCUACGAUAGAAUUGAACCAAUAUUUAACAAAAUUGAGAUAUCUAUGUUGCCAUGCUAUUUUACCUGAUAGCCAUAAUAAAUUAUCAAAAAAUAACAAAAGCAAUCCUAAUUUGGUUUACAAUAUGGAUGAUAUAUUAAAGAUAAUGACAAUGGAAGCCAAAGAUAAAUUGGAUUCUCUUUACAGAGAAAAUUAUCAAUUGAAAAUAAAGGGUGCACAAGCCAAAAUGGAAUUACAAAAUAAUCCGAAGGCAGCUAUCGAUUAUUUAUUAGAAAUUAAAGAUAAAUUGAUCUCUGACCUGAGUUCUAAAUGCAAUGUAUCAGAUCCAUUCAAUGUCAUAUUGGAUUCAAUUGCAAACUCAGAAAAUACUGAAACAGUUAAUGAAAUGGAGCCAGGGAAUAUUAUUACAGAAAAAGGUAAGGUUGACGAUAAUUUACGAUUGAAGGCAUAUAUGGAUCUUUUGCAUCAAUGUUUGUUCUUUAUUGCUAAUGGUUAUUAUUUCCUUGGUUCUCAUAGAUUAGAAAAAGUUGAUGAUGAGAAUGAAAAGAUCAAGUUACUCCAUUUGGAAAGUGAUAAUGAUACGAAAGCUGAAUUGAAACUACUCAAAUACACAGAUGUUUAUAAUGAAAAUGAAAUGAAGGUAAUUGAAUCAAAUCAAAUUUUGGAACAGAAAUAUUAUGAACUUGCUGAUCUACUAAGAAAACAGAUUCUAUCCAGUAGAAUUGAAAAAGUUAAUGAAACAAUUAUUGAUGUGAAAUCUUAUUUCCAAUCCAAGUCAAAGGCACAUAUCCUUAACCUUAAAUUGAUUGAAUUUAAUUUCAAAGAUGACUUUUCUAAUAGCUUAAUCGUGUCAAAAGUUUUUAAAUUAUUAGGACUUCUCAUUUCAUCGUUAAAUGAACAAACUAUUCAAUUUAAUGAUUUGGUUCAAGAGUUGCUUACUUUGUCAUAUAAUCCUUUAUCAAAAACAUAUGAUGGUGAAGAUUCGGAAGAAGUAAGAAAUGAGAAAUCUAAAGAAUAUGCAGAUUCUAUUGAUUUUCAAGAUAAGGUAUUCGGGAUAUUUUCUUGUUUGGAGAGGAUCCUGCAAAAUAGAAGUGCGAUAAUGACAUCCGAAGAUGACAUUAAAUUGCCGAAAAAACUUAAUCUAAUGGGUCAAAACUUAUCUGAAUACCAUUUAGAUUUAUUGAAAAAUUUGAAAUUAGUGCAAGGCACGCCCUUCAAGCCAAUCUUUGAUGAGCUAAAGAAUUUAAGAGUUGUUAAAGGUUCAAAUGUGCCACUCGAUAAUGCUAAAGUAUCAUCAUCCACAUUUGAAGACUAUCUAUUAUCUUUUGAAGGUCAUAUAAAUGGCUAUAAAAAAGAGAUUAAGGAUAUGAAAGAAUCCUUGAAGAUGAUAAAUUCUAUAUAUAACAGUAAGGUCGAAUAUUACAGUCAUUUACAAUCUAUUUCGGAUUCGUUAGUGUCUUUAUUACAAUUAGAGCCUCAUCAAAGAUCAAACAUAGUGAGAGCAAUCAAAAAUGAUAAUCAAUAUAAGAUAAAUUUGAAGCAAAUUAUGACUACAGGAUCAAGAUUAAAAUAUUUAGAUAGUUUGACUACUCUUCAAGAAUCUAUAGAGCAGAAUAAAACGUUUACAUGUCCCAUUUGCCUGGGCUUGAUCCAUACGGGGUCAAUGAUAUCAUGUGGCCAUUUUUUCUGUAAUAAUUGUAUAUUUAGUUGGUUAAAGCUCAAUAGCAAUUGCCCGCUAUGCAAGAGGGAUACAACACAAUCGCAACUAUAUAAUUUCAAAUUUAAAAAUGAAAUUACUGAGGAGAGUACUAAUAAUGAAGAAUUGUCAGAUAUCAGAGCACCACAGAAACCCAAUCAUCCUAAUAUUGAAAGCAAUAUUGAUAUUUUCAUUGAGAAAUAUAAAGAAUUUCCAAAGUUAUCAGAUGUUCACAAUAUUGUCAUCAAAACUAGCUUCGGUGCAAAGAUUGAUUUUACAGUUAAACUGAUACUGUAUUUGAAAUUGAAAGCAGCAAAUGAAAAUGAUAGAGAGCCCCAGAUAUUAAUGUACUCACAAAGCAUGGAAUUUUUAAAGGUUAUUUCUCAUGUGUUAAAAUUGCAUGAUAUAAAACAGCUAUCAUGCCUGUCUAAUACUUCAAAUGUUGGACAAACCAUUUCAAAUUUCAAACAAGAUCCAUCUAUAACCUGUUUGUUAUUGAAUAUUAAAUCAUUGGGAGCAGGUUUAAAUUUACUAAAUGCAAGGCAUAUAAUACUUCUGGACCCCAUAAUCAAUCAUGGUGAUGAAUUACAAGCAAAGAGUAGAAAUAAUAGAAUAGGACAAGCUCAAACAACCUUUGUUUGGAACCUUAUGAUAAAAAAUUCAGUUGAAGAAAAUAUUCUUAAAUAUAAAUGUAAGUUGGAAAAUAAGAAAAAGAUUGUGAAAAAGAGCAUGAACAUUGAUUUAGAUGAUGAACUGUCAUCGAAUGAAGAGCAGAAGUUUGAAUUAAAUGAAGGAACAGGAGAAGUGGUAUCAAAAAACCAUCUUUGGAACUGCUUAUUUCAAGGUAAUUAA